GUCAAUUGUGGUGAUUUACCAAUUGACACUUACUUUUCUAUAAUAUCUGUAUCUUUAUUUUGUCAAGAACACGAAAAAUGGCUCGACGGACGUGGCAUAUGUUUACAUUGGUAACGAUAAUAUUUACGAUUUUAUCUCUGGCUGGCGAUGUUUUCUCGUCGACUGCAGCACCAUGGUACGAAAACCUUCCUGCAGUCACAAUGGAUUACAAAGUUCAUAUAGAUGCCGGGAAAGAAGAUUGUUACUAUCAAUUUGUUCAACCCGGUGCGACAUUCUACGCAAGCUACCAGGUGCUGAAAGGAGGUGAUGGAAUGUGCGGAUUUGCUGUGCGGCAUCCGAAUGGCCAGAUCGUGCAUCCUUACGAAUGGCGACAAAGCGCGGAAUACGCAGAUCAAACUAGUUCUGGCGGGUACUAUGCUGUGUGUCUCGAUAACCAGUUUUCCAGAUUUGCUGGAAAACUGGUCAAUUUAUACUUGUCGGUGAUUAGAUAUGACAUGUGGGAGAAAUACGCGAAGGAAGUAGAAGAAUUAGACAUGAACAUCAAUAACUUUACAAACUCAAUACAGUUUGUGGAAAGAAAUAUAAAUGAUAUCCUGCAGUUCCAGUAUCAUUCUAGAGCAAAGGAGUCGCGUGAUUAUAACCUUCUAGUCGAUAACAAUACCUAUGUUUUACGAUGGUCUCUGUUACAAAUUAUUGCUGUUGCAGCCACAGGCACGCUUCAAGUGUACUUUUUAAGGAAACUAUUUGAGGUUAAAGACAAUUCAUCAAAGACACGAAUUUAGAUUUAAGUAAAGUCAUCAUUUGACAUUCCUUGUUAAUCUGUUGUUUCUGAUCUCUUCAUUUUUCUAUUUUUACUUAUUAUUAAUUAUUUAAUUGCUUCUAUUGAGAUAAUGCUGGUAAUUUUUUAAUCUUUGAGUU